AUGUCGGUCGACGUGGCAAUGCAGUCGAGUGGGAAGACCGUUGCGACUAGUGUCUACUCCAUAAUGCAACCCCUUGGGGGCCGCCAGGAUCCAGGCAGCAGCUGCCAGGAUGACCCGUUUGGAUGCGUGGUGGUCGUUUCCGGAGAGACCGCCAGAAGAGCCAGGCUGGGGGCGGCGGCGAUGAAGCCAGGGCACAAACUGGACCGGGAGAAUAUUACCGACGGCGAGAGGGAAGCAGGAGCUUACGAACAGGCGGUGGUCCAGGAAAUCCGGACUGGCAUGACAUGGCUGAUGCGCGGGUCCAACCCACUCCCUCCCCCCAACCGCAAUGACAUGCCGAUCAGCGGACGGAUGUCAGGCUUGGGGCCAAGUGUGGAGGAUGCGCCAUGGCGAGGCUCUGCUACGGUGCCACCCGUGCUAAACAUGAACCUCAGCCGGAUCAAUUCGAAUCUCAAUCAAGGCGAGAACAGGACAGCUGAGUCUUCGAAGGUUUACUACUACUACUAUUACUACAACCUUGGCGGAAAAUUAUCAGGGAAAGCCAAGGCAAUCGCCCCAUGGAUGGGCGAAAAUAGGUCGAUCCAAGAUCUGAUUCGCGAUCCUAGCGGUGACCAGCCCAACGAUGGCGAUAGGAGCAACAACCCUGUUGGGCAAAGACAUGGAGAGAAAAGCCGGAGAUUCCGACAAAGCAACACCGUCCAUCCGGUUCAAUAG